AUGAACUCGGCGAGAGAAUUUAGUCAUUUGGGGUCUACUUUAGCGGAAUAUGCUGACGCUGAUGACAUUCACAAGAAUGGACUUAGCAACGUACAUCACGGGCCAACAGAAACAAAAAAAACAGCAGAACCACGCCUCGCAGAUGAGCAAGACCCUUCAAACAUUUACCUAUAUGAUAAACCCCAGAUUCGCUCGGAGGGUCAAGACACAGCCGAGGAAAGCACGGCCAAUUCCAAACUCAUAGGACAAGAAAUAAAUGCUCAUAAGGCUGCACACAAUAAUCUUGAAACUCAACUACACGAAGCCGAGAUUUCAGGAGUCUCCAUUAAACCAGUUGAGAAUCAGCGUCUCUCUUCAGAAGCAAGACCCGAAAUUACCGAAGAUUCACGCCUAACAACGGCAGAACAUGCGCUGGCCAGCCACCCGAUAUCAGAGAUCGAUCAAGUCGCGGGAACGACAAUUGGUCCACUCAACUCAAAAUCCGUGGAGCCUUUUUACGUUAAUGCCAAACAAUACUAUCGAAUACUGAAAAGAAGGUACGCCAGAGCCAAAUUAGAAGAAAACUUAAAAAUCUCACGAGAGCGUAGACCAUACUUACACGAGUCUCGUCAUAAGCAUGCUAUGCGCCGACCUAGGGGACAAGGCGGGAGAUUCUUGACGGCAGCGGAGAUAGCAGAACUUAAGCAAAGUGAAGAACCUCCGCCCGGUUUACAUAUCCAACAACAAGAUCCUGCUGCCAGCGACAAUAGGCAAGAACGCAAGAGAGGUGCAGCAAUGGCAGAGUUGGACUCCCCAGACCAUCUGCCGGCUGAAUACAAUGUGGGCGCAGAAAAUGCACAAAAUAGAUCUGUACGACAUCCAUGA